AAAAUAUGGCGACUUCCAUUAGCAAACUGUCUGAUAAAAACAAUGAAGAGAUUUUGCACCACAUUGCGACACAGUUCUUUCAAAUGGUUCCGAUCAGACGAAUUCAGUGGACAGGAGAGUCUCUUUGCCCAGUCAGUAUUGGAGUUGAGGAGCAACAAGCAGUGCUUGAAGCUACAGUUACCAGUCCUUUGUGUAACAAAUACCCAACCUCUCUUAGCUAUCGACGGGCAUUUGUCAAGCAUCUGAUUCAGAAGCUUGAAGACAGUGAUGUGGAAUUAUGUGAUGAGAUUUAUGAGGUCUACACAGAUCUGCUUCAGGAAACAGAUGUAGAGGACGACACUCUGUGUUACAAAUCUUACUUUCUGCCCAAUAAAGAAAUAGUGAACCUUCAGGAGUCAGUGCACAUCAUCUCACAAGGCACCACUGGCCUCAGUACAUGGCUUAAUUCUCUUCAUUUGGCAGAAUGGUCUUUUGAACAUGAAUCUCUCCUUAAAAAUAAAAAUGUGCUUGAACUUGGCAGUGGACUUGGUUUUCUAGGAAUAGCCUUGUGUAAACAGUGUAAAAUGAAUUCCUUUACGUUUAGUGACUUCCAUCCACAAGUUUUGUUCCUCCUCAUGAAAAACAUUGAAAUCAAUUUCCUCAAUGAGCAAUAUUCCCUGGAAUGUUCACCACAACUUUUAGAAAAUUGCGAGUCUAAAGACAGGAAAAUGUUGAAAAAGAUCAAAAAACAAAUAAGUGUAACCAAAGAACCAGCUGCAAUAGAAGAUAGCUGUGAAAUAAUGCAGAUCAGUUACAGUUCCAUGGUGUCCUCAGUAGAAACUGUUGAAACAGAUGAACAGGAAGUUGGUUCAGAACAGGAAGAGGAAGUGAGUAACAGUAACGAGCAGCUUCUCUCCUCAAACUCUCAUUGGAAACCAUUGAAUGAUUCCAAUGUGUAUGUUUUGAAGCACAGUGAGACAGUCAGACUGAUGAAGUUUAACUGGGAGUUUUGCAAUGAGAAAGAUUUGUCUGAGGUUCGACCAGAUGUUUUAGUUGCAGCAGAUGUGGUUUAUGAUAAAUCAAUCAUUCCUUUCCUGGUGCAGGUAUUGUACCAAUUCUUGUCUGGUGCAUUUGGGUCCUGGCCUGUGGCAUACAUUGCAUCCACAGUUAGGAAUGAAGAUACAAGGGAUCAUUUCCUUGUGGCUCUUGGUGGUAAAGGACUUCGGUAUGAAAUUAUGGAUCCACCAACAGAAAAAAUAUUCCUUUAUGAUGACAUCAUUCCAAUUGAGAUAUUGCGUGUAUGGCAUCCCAGUAACAAGACAUUAAAGAGUUAAAUUUCAAUUAUUCACAAAAUUUCUUAUGCUUUUGUAUUAAAUGUAAGUUGUGCUUAAGAAUAUAAGCUUGCAAAACUUAAUAAAUAAGAAUUAGAAUCAAACACACAAGAAAAGCAAAUAUGUUUUGUAAAUAUUACUUUGUGAAUUAA